UCCCACGGACCCACUCACCAUCAGGGCCCUGGCGGGCAGCAGCGUGCAGCGCCGUGUCGCCAUGGCGGUCCUGGUGGGCAGGGUCAGCGCCGAGACGCAGCAGCAGGCACAGGGCAGGGGCAUCGUGGCGGGCGCAGGCCCUGUGGAGAGGCGGGGGCUGCCCAGCGUCCACAUCAAGCCCGGGAUGUCGCUGGAGGAGAGCCUGGGCUCGCACCAGCCGUCCUGCAGACAAGUACCGCCGGAAGCGUCGCUCUCGGCGGUGCCGGCGGGAAGCGGAGGCCAUGGAACAACUCUGGGGCUGAGGAAGAAGUGGGAAAUGGCAGCGGGAAGGCCCGGCGACUGAAGCAGGCGAAGGAGGAGGCUCAAAUGGAGGUGGAGCAAUACCGCAGGGAGCGGGAACAGGAGUUUCAGAGCAAGCAGCAGGCGGCCAUGGGCUCUCAGGGGAACCUGUCUGCUGAAGUGGAGCAGGCCACAAGACGGCAGGUUCAGGGCAUGCAGAGUUCCCAGCAGAGGAAUCGGGAGCGCGUCCUGGCUCAGCUUCUCGGCAUGGUCUGUGAAGUCAGGCCCCAGGUCCACCCCAACUAUCGGGUUACUGUCUAGAACCAUCGCUCAGGGACACAUCCCUAGAGUGACUCCUUCUGUCAGCUCCGUCCACAGAGAAAUAUCCCAACUCAAAACCACUUGUGUCGCAUGCGCAGAGCCUUGGGUUCAAUCCAUAAUAUCAUCCCCCCCACCCACCAAAUCGCUUCACAUAAUAACCUGUUGCUGGAGGGGAGGCUUCUAUGUGACAGGAUCCAAUAUUCCCCCCUGAGACUUACAAGUAGCCUGUUCAAACCCGACAAACCCGAAUCUCUCUGUUCCAUGACACCCACUGGAAGUUUACUAAUGAAUGCCCACGUCAUCCCCACCGGACCCCUCUGUGAAAUAUAUGUCCUGGUGACAGUUAUGAAAGCACCCUGACUUCAGAGCAGGGGAACCUCUGUUCCUCUCCCACCCCUGGUCCUUGCUGGUUACACAACUGGGACAACUAUUUAACCUGGAAGCCUCAGUGUCCUCAUCUUUGUGACUGGAAUGACAGCAACAACGCUCACUUUGUAAGGUGGCUGCUGUGAAUUAUCUGUGAGAAUUCAGCAUAGUUCCAGAUGACGGAGUGCCUGUAUCAUGACCGCACUCUGCGUGCCUGCCAGAAUUCUAACCCCCUCUCCUGACUUUUUUAUUCCUUGUGUUCCAGCUUUGUUCAGCCACUGUGACACUAGUAACCCUCUAAAGAAUUUGUUUCUCUGGCUCUCCCUUGGCACAUCAUGCCCCCGAACAGUUAAAUGAUAAUGUUAUUUAGCCCCUCUGUCCGAGUCCCAAAUAUAUAUCAAAUCUCUUAGCACCUCUCUGUUUCUCCUGAGCUGGUCUUUCUCAUGGUUGGCCCCCCUCUUUCUCUGUUUUCCCAAAUCUUGCUGCUUCCGGGAGCUGAAGAUAUCUAUGACAUUCACAUGCAUGCAUUCCUUUGUGUGCCCUCAGCACCUUGCCUCCUUGUGUAACAGCGGAGUGUCAAUAAAAUACUGGUGGAUGAGUCAA